GAGAAUCUAGAGUCUGUGUCUUUGUGUUUCCGCUGUGACCGAACAGGCCACUGUCUCCUGCACUGUGUUGUGCAUGUUUUACGGGUCAUCCGAACUUUCUCAGCUCUUCUCAUGGUUCGCGCUUCACCUCAGAUAGCUGCCCUCGUCAGCAGACGGCAGCCUCGGAGCUAACACCCACCGCUCAGAGGAAGUACACAAGUCCAUGUUCCCUCCUGCACCUCCGCGAAUAGAGCCAGCUCAACAUGGUGAGAGUUAUGGAGUACCUUCGCUAUCUCCAAGACCCUCACCUUGUCGCCCGCUUUCAGCUUAUUUGCGGGAUACGGGGUACUUUUUCAGAACCUGUUCCUGCCGAUAGUUCGACCUCUGACAGCUACAGGUCAGUAGAAAAGGUUCGUUCUCGCAACAACGGGGCUCUCCAUCAUCACACAGCCGGGGAAACGGGAGAUGAACACUUGACCAGUAUGGGAGUUCAGAGGAGGACCGCAGAUGUAAGUGAGCCUAGAAAACUCAAGCAUGACAUGGAAGACGCUCCCCUGAACGGGGCUUCUCUGUCCACAGUCGGAGAAAGUGUCGCUGUGCGGGGCAGCACUCUUAAACCCCUCCGCAGAAACUCUCUGACGGGCGAAGCGGGGCAGGAGUUUGUCAUCGAGAACCGCUUCUUGUUUUACUUGUUCACCUUCGGGACAGAGUUGGGAAACGAAUUGUUUUACAUCAUCUUUUUUCCCUUCAUCAUGUGGAAUGUGGACGCUUUCGUGAGCAGACGGUUGAUCAUGGUGUGGGUCUGGGUCAUGUACGUGGGACAGUGCACAAAGGAUGUAAUCGGCUGGCCCCGACCCGCUUCUCCACCUGUGGUGAAAGUGGAAAUGUUUUACAACUCUGAGUACAGCAUGCCGUCCACCCACGCCAUGUCAGGGACAGCCAUCCCCUUCUCCCUGUUCUUCAUGACCCAUGGCCGCUGGGAGUACCCUUACACCCUCGGUUUCAGCUUGGCUCUCUGUUGGUGUCUAUUGGUCUGCUCCAGCCGGAUCUACAUGGGGAUGCACUCAGUACUGGACGUCAUUGCUGGCAUCCUGUACAGCAUGCUCAUCCUCUUCUUCUUUCUCCCUGCAUUGGACACGAUUGACAGCUUCAACCUGAGCUGCCGCUAUGCUCCGCUGGUCAUCGUUUCCAUUCCCCUGGCCCUGGCCCUCUUCUCAUUCACCCUGGACACCUGGAGCACUUCUCGAGGUGACACGGCUCAGAUCCUGGGUGUGGGUGCUGGCGUGGCACUUGCGUCUCAUGUAAACCAGCUCCUUGGUUUGAUGCCGGAUCUGACGGCGGACCAGCUACCUCUCAUGGUGCCUACUGUAAGUGGCGGCCUGAUGUGUGGCGCUAUGCUGCGGUUGGUUCUGGGUGUGAUAGUCCUCAUUACAAUACGGGCUUUGAUGAAGGCCGUCACCAUCCCACUGGUGUGCUGGCUAUUCAGGGUGCCCAGCUCAGACGUGAGGAAGGCCCGGCAGCACAUGGAGGUAGAACUCCCGUACCGCUACAUUGUUUAUGGGACCAUGGGCUUCAGUGUGCUCUUCUUGGUUCCACUGCUCUUCACCUAUGUGGAGAACUCAUAAAAGGAUGUUGCUUCAGUGCACGUUUAGUCUCCAGCCAGGAAUUGGAGAACCAGCGUUUCAAUACUGUUUUUGCAUGUAAACUAGUGUUUUUUCCAUGUAAACAAGAGUUUUUGCUCUUCAACAGGAGGUUUUGGGCCAGAACUGACUCAGAUGCAUUAAAGCCUGAACACUGAACUCCUUCCUCACUUUCUUAACCUUUCUGCUCUUUUUUUAAACAGACUCAGGUUAGCUCUGGAGCAGGAUGAGGGCAAGGGAGUAUUUCCUUUAAGUGGCACUGUCUUUUAUAAGAUUAACCUGUGGAAAGACAAACCUAUUUAUGUUGGUGUGACUUACAUUAAAUAUCCAUUCCAUUGCCUUUUUAAAGACAGUUCAAGAAUUUUAAUGAGGUUUUGCUAAAAGGUUAUAAGCAGGUAAUAUCUAACCUGCAGUCGAUUGCCUGUAGCAAGUGCUUUCAUAGUCAUAUUGACCAUUCAAAGUGCUUCAACAUUACAGUCACUGUCUCCUUGCAGCAUUCCCUCAUUAACACACCCAACACUGGAUCAGUAGGUAACUUGGGGUGAAGUGCUUUCUCCUGGGGUCCCGUUGGGGGAACUGUCCUCAAAUACAAGCAUACAGUCCUAACAUUAGGCACUAUGAUUAGAUCAAAUGCAGACCAUGCAGCUUAGCCAUGUUUAUUUUAACACCUUGUAUAAUCAAGUAUGAAUGCAUUCAGCAUUCUCACUUAAGAUUGUGUUUCUCUUUAUUAUUAUUUUUCAAUGUUCCAUAAAUUUUUCAGCUCUCAACUAAUUCUGCACUUACCUAAUUCUGCCAUAUGAAUUUCAGCAAUUCAUAGAUCAAAACGUUCUGCUUCUUCUGGAGCAUUGUGCGAUGACCUUUGGUUAUUUCAACAAUAAUAUUUUUUUAAUUACAAUUACAAUUUUUUUGCAGAUUUCAACCCCUUUGAAAUGCAUUGGAAUUCUGAAGAAUUCCACAAAAUUCUGUAAAAACCUUUGCUCUUUUAUGGGUCACAACUUCUGCCUAUUUCAAUUUAAAAGCUCCAGUCAACUUUUAAGCAAGACACAAUAUGUUGAAAUAUCUUCAGAUGAUCCAGCUUUCUGAUACCGCUUGUGCUUUUUCUAAAGUUCCAAUUUAAGUUUCAUGCAGAUUUUUGGCCAUUGACAAAACUUGGCCAAAUGGGGGAAUUUUCCUGCCAUAAUUCAAGAGCAGACAUUUUUAUUCUGAAAGCAAGAUUUCAUGACUUUUGUUCUCAAAACGUGUGACACUUUUCUUACAUUUUCAUUUGGAAAGCAGGACUUCAUGUCUUUCUUAAAACUUUCAAUGACUGUUCUCACAAUGUCUCCUUGCGCUCACACUUAGUCUCUGCUUGGAGCAAAUCUUCGCUUGCAAAACUCUCUGCUCACCUGGUGAAAUUUUCCUGCCAUAAUUCAAGAGCACACAUAUUCAGUCAGAAAACAGGAUUUCAUGUCUUUUGUUCUCAAAACUUUUAAUACUUUUGCUUACAUUUUCAUUUGGAAAGCAGGACUUCAUGUCUUACUUCUUAAAAGUUGUAACUCUUAUACUCAAAAGAAGAGUUACAACUCUUAUACUCCUCGCACUCACACUUAGUCUCUGCUCGGAUUCUCAGCUUGCUUAAGAAACAUGGAACUGCCUUUUGGCAUAGUCUCCUAGCAACUUCUCAGCCAAUAGAAUAAAAGUGUUGUACUGGGUGUGUUUGUUUCCUUCUAGCAGGUGGACCUAUGUGGCUACUAUUGAUUGUAGCAACCUGCGCUACCCACAGGAUGUAGGGAGAAACAACGACGUCAGCUUUCUGCUCCAUGUUACACUAAACAUCCGGUGGGAGUGUGCUACUGAUCGCCAACAGCUACUGAUCUUAGACAGGAUUUUGUUCACCAAAGGCAAUAUAGUCACAACAUGAUUUCUGUCAUCUAUCUUUACACUACUGCAUCUGAUGCUUUGCAUUGCACUUGGUGAUGUUUGGCUUGGAUGCAGCUGCUCCACCAUGGAAAUCCAUUCCAUGAAGCUCUCUGCCCACUGCUUUUUGAGCUAAUCUGAAGGCCACAUGAAGUUUGGAGGUCUGUAUGACUAACUGCAGAAAGUUGGUGACUAUAUUGGUUAUACUUGGUGACUAUACUCUUUGCACUAUAUGCUUCAGCAUCUGCUGACCCCGCUCCGUCGGUUUACGUGACCUACCACUUGGUGGCUGAGUUGCUGUUGUUCCCAAACACUUCCACUUUCUUAUAAUACAGCUGACAGUUGACUAUGGAAUAUUUAGGAGCGAGAAAAUUUCACCACUGGAUUUGUUGCACAGGUGUCACCCUAUCACAGUUCCACACUGGAAUUGACUGAGCUCUUGAGAGUGAACCAUUCUGUUUGUGAAAACAGUUCUGCAUGCCUAGGUGUUUCAUUUUAUACACCUGUGGCCAUAGAAGUGACUGGAACACCUGACUCCCAUAAUUUGGAUGGUUGAGUAAAUACUUUUGACAAUAUAGUAUAUGUUCUUCAAGGAUUGUGAGUUUGAUCCCAGACCAUGUCGGUUUUUGUUUGGUUUGUUUAGAUUGUGCUUUACAAUUAUUUAAACAAACCAAACAAAAAACAUGCUUUUUUUUUUCAAAAGGAGCAUGUGAAGCACAAUCUAAACAGAUUUUCACUAUAUUUAGAUUUCUGAUAAUGCCAUAAAAACAUCCUUCAUCCUCUGGGUCCAACUACUGUAGAUUUACACUAAAUGAAACCCCCCAAAUCAUCUACUGUAGGUAAGAUAUUGACUUUUAACAGAACCUCACAUUAAAAAUACUGAACUGUCCCUUUAAUACCCCACCCUUCUCCCCCCUGACUCUGUAAAGCUAAAUUAUCUUGCAUGUCUUACAGAACCUUACAUUAAAAAUACUGAACUGUCCCUGGUAUAUAUGACACUGAUAUAUUUAAGGUUCCCUUUAAUUGCACAUGUGCAGCGGAAUCCACCAUACAAACUACUGAAGGUCUUUUCCUAUAUUUUUGGCUUUUAUAGACAACAACCUUCCAGUUUGUCACUCUGAGGUAAACUGUUGCUUUUCCUCCAACACAGUGAAAUGUUUUUCCUUUGCAGUUCACUCCUUCGCCAAGUUUUCCCUUACAUCAUUACCACUUUGUCCCUUCCUUCUUCUACGACAUGUCCUUCAACUAAUUAUUUUCUAAGUACUUUACAUUUUCAUAUCAGUUUAUUUAACUUAAACACUUCUCCUGAAUUUAAAUUCAGUUAUGUGUGUAAUUCAACUGAACACAUUCAUGAGCCGCCACAUUUUCUGAAGAGAUGUAAGAGGCUCUGAAAAUAAACUUCAGAUUUCAUAUUUUAGGAAUAUACAGAAAAACUGACCAAUAUGUAAAAAGAUUUAGUUGUUGAAAGUUUGACUCAAACCAAAAUGAAAAUAGCAAACUAAAUUCUGCCUAAAAAAAUCUAAUUAAUUAUGUUUUGGUGAUAUAUUUGAGUAUUAUUUGAGUGAUAUGAAGUAAUUUUCUUCCAGUAGGUCAGUCAAAGUGACCAAUUUAGCAGAUGGGGUGCGUUCUUUGACACAUUGCUCCUUUUGUACCUCAUAAAGCAGGUAUGAAUGGCACAGAAGUGCAAUAGUAUGAAAUGGCAAAGGGGUGAGCUGAGCAGCACCUAGAUAUGCAGACAGGGACAGAAAAGGUUUGGAAUGUCUUCGUUUUCAUAUUUGGCAUUUUGAUGAUUGCUUUUUGCUUUUUCCUGUUUGUGUGAACUCUCAUGUCCUGUUUAGAUCAUUUGUGAUGAAAUACAUAUCCUGCUAGUAUUGAAGAUUGGUUCUUCCACAGCUUGAAUAUAAACUUCUAUUUCAAAUAUGAAGAGGGACAUUUGUACAGAAAUAUUACUAUGUCUGUUUUUCUUUUUCUUUUUUUGUAUGGCCACAGUCAGUUCAACGUGAAAAUAUAACCUAUGCUUACAGGAUUUGAGUAUGCCACACUGCAAGCUCAGCUAAUAUUUUUUAAUAAAAUUAUUUAGUUAUCAAGGCACAACCCAAAACAUUUUUGAAAUAUACUGAGCAGACUAUCUUACAGAAAGUUUUUAAUAAUAUAUUUCCUAAAUUUUUAAAUCUUAUUAGAAUGUUUGAUCUUUUAUUCUGCUUUGCACUGUUUGUUUUUAAAUCAAUAAAACAUUCCUGUCAUUGAAUGUCAUUUUGGGUUUUCCAUGUACAUUUAUAAAGCUCCCAGAUAAACAUGUCCUGGGGUGAUUUUAGUAUUUUUUGUUUUUCAAUAAAAUGUUUUGAAAAAUAAAAAUAUGU